UAUGCCACCUAAACCUUGGGAAACUUAAUAAAGUAAUCACUUAAAUUAAUCUAAUAGGAGUUCAAAAAGCAACAGCAAUAACUUAAGAAUUAUAAUAGAACCAAACAAUAAACAAAUCUUCUGAUUUACAGAUUUAAGAUACUGGUAUUGGAGAAAUGACUCAAGAAUAAGCUGCAUAAGUUUCUGCUUUGGCAGCCAAUUAAGGAACAAAUAACUAGACAUCGUAAUAAAUUAGAAAUAUUUUCUUUAGUUCAUUAAAUAAUAAUUUAAACUCAACUACAGGACUUGGUUAUGGAGGUCUAAAUAGUUAUGGAGGAUAUGGAGGAAUGGGAGGAGGAUAUAGUAGUAUGGGAGGAUAUGGAGGAUAUGGUAGUGGAUAUGGAGGAAUGGGUAUGGGAAUGGGAAUGGGCAUGGGUUAUGGUAUGGGAGGUUAUGGUGAGUAAAUAUAUUUAAAUUAGGAAUGAAUAGAUUUGGAAUGGGAAUGGGAAUGGGAGCAGGAAUGUAAUAAGGUAGUAAAAUGAUGCAGGCAUUGGAAUAUUUGGAUAGUGUUGGUUUUGUUGUUAAUAGCCUUUGUGAAAUAGCUAGGAUGAUAGAAAUGAAUACACAAGGAUUAUAUAAUUUAGGGUAAUAAUAAUAAUAUAUAUAUAUUUAUAGAAUUAGUGGAUUAUCAUUAUUAGGAAAAUUAUAUACAGGAAAUAAAUGGUUGUGGCAUGUUAUUAUUAAUUUUAUCAAGAAAAUUUAUUAUUAAAUAAAGACAAGAUUAUUAUUUGAAAAUGAAACAUCAAAUUAGAUAAAUUAAAAGUAUAAAAAACUAUUGAUUAUUGGAAUCAUUGUAUCAACAAUAUUAUUAAUAACUUUUAUUUAUCCAAAAAUGAUUAGCAACAAAUCUUAGACUCAUAUACUAGAUGAAGUAUUUAAUUAAUAAAAAAUAUGA